CGGAGCCGCGGUGUUCGGGCUCGGUGACACCGCUGGCCUGCUGCCUUACAUGGGCAAACUUGUGAACUGACUGAGACGGCUGGAAUUUCAGAGCGUGACGUCACUGCCUACAACUCUCCCAGAAUUGGGAUCAAGAAGUUUCACUUUUUUUGGUGGGAUUUGAACCUCUGUUAUAUUUCCUAGAAAGCGAGAUUUCAACAUACAGUGAAGGACAUCGCUUCAACAAUCUCCCAGAAAUCCCAGAAAUCCAGAGAGGAGGAAAGGUGUCUGAUCCUGUAGCCCCCACCGUCACGUAGUGUUAAAAUUUGGAACCAUGUGGAAUCCAGCGAACAGUAACGACCAGACAGGACAAGUGGCUGCCAGGAUGGAGACUACUCCGUCUUUGGGUAGUGCGAGCAUUUCUAUCUCGCAGCAGCAGGCACCCAAGAAAUUUGCCCCUGUGGUCGCACCCAAGCCCAAGUUCAACCCUUACAAACAGAUGGGAGAACCCUUCCACUCUGACAGUGCAGCGGACUACCCUCCCCCUCCACCACCUGCGGAAGACUCAACCGGUUUCCCACCAUCCUCUGGUUCCUUCCUUUCUCCACCGAUGAACUCAUAUGAUUAUCAGAUGAAAGGACCAGAGAAGACCCUGGAGGAGAGACGCUCCAGUCUGGAUGCUGAGAUCGACUCCCUCACCAGCAUCCUGGAAGACCUGGAGAGCAGCUCGCCCUACAAACCACGGAUACCAACACAAAAUUCUGGAUCCUCAGCAGCCUCCACCCCCAAUGCUCCAGUGACUGGGUACAAGCGUAUGGUCAUUCCAACCCAGCCACCUCUGACUGCCACUAAGAAGUCUACGCCCAAACCUCAGGCUCCUGGGGGAGUCUCAUCCAUCCCCCCGUCCUCUGUAAGUCCGGUGGCCAAGCCUCAAAGCCACAUAGCCCCCCAGCCUGUCCCAGCUUCUUACGCUACAGCCUCAACCCCAAGCCAGCCCACCUUCAAUGUCCAGGUGAGGUCGGCCCAGCCUGGUCCACAGCAUCAAGCCCCAGGUGGGCACCAUUUUGGCCAGCAGCCCAUUCGCAGCCCUGCACAGGUGCAGUACAUGCCUGCCCAGCCCAAAGGUCCCGACUUUGCCUAUGGGCCACCACAACCUGGCUUCUCCCCGAUGUCUCAGGGUGCAUAUCAAGAACAGCACCAUCCAGGAGUACCACAAGUAGGUGGCUUAAGCUCCAGGAGACCUGAGCUGGCCCCCGCCCAAACAUACCAACCUCCAGGCCCCAAGAAGACCUACAUUACAGAUGUACCACCAAGCUUGGCUCCCUACACCUCUGGCCCAGCUGUUCCACCAAAGGGCAGUGCACCCAUCGCCCACCCUGAAGACGAGCUGGAGCGCCUGACCAAGAAGAUGCUGUUUGACAUGGAUAACCCGCCAUCUGAGGAAUAUUUUGGGCGCUGUGCCAGCUGUGGAGAGAACGUUGUGGGUGAAGGCACCGGCUGCACUGCCAUGGACCAGGUCUUCCAUGUCGACUGCUUUGUCUGCAUGACCUGCAGCACCAAGCUGCGUGGCAAGCCUUUCUUCGCUGUGGAGAAGAAGGCGUACUGUGAGCCUUGCUAUAUUAACACCCUUGAGACCUGCACCAUCUGCAGUAAGCCCAUCAUGGAGCGCAUCCUGCGGGCUACAGGGAAAGCCUACCACCCUCACUGCUUCACCUGCGUGGUGUGCCACCGCAGCCUAGACGGCAUCCCUUUCACCGUGGACGCUUCCAACCACAUCCACUGCAUCGAGGACUUUCACAAGAAGUUUGCUCCCCGCUGCUGUGUGUGCUCUGAGCCUAUAAUGCCAGCGCCGGGCCAGGAGGAGACCGUCCGUAUUGUGGCCCUGGACCGCGACUUCCACGUGCAGUGUUACCGUUGUGAGGACUGUGGCUCUCUGCUCUCAGAGGGGGAUAACCAGGGCUGCUACCCUCUGGACGGACACGUCCUCUGCAAAAACUGUAACACCAGUCGCAUCCAGGCCCUCACCGCCAAGGCCACAACUGACCUCUGAGCAAGGCCGGUCACCUCCACUGUGAUAACCCAGCGCUCUCUCUCU